CAGUCGCCCCUCGGAGUCUCAGCCGAGCAGACCUGUAGAUUAGGUCGGUUUCCGCGAAUUCCCACAAAAAAAAAUUGUAUUUUCUGUGCUUGAAGCCUGUGUGUGUGUGUGUGAAAUUGAGAUUGGAUUUUCAAAGCUCCGAUCCAUUCUAUCUCGAGUACCUCAAUCGCAAAUACAACAUGUUAUAACGCGAAAACGACUCAUUUGUAAUCGAGUGUCACGAAAUAAAACAUUAAAUAUUUAGUUUAAAAAAAAAAAACAAAAAACGAAUUAAUAGAACAAUGGGUUGCAAUACUAGUUCGGAAGCGAAAAACGAAAAAAACAAUCAAAAUGAACAGAAGGCACAGAAUAACGAGAAUAAAGCCAACAACGCUACGGAAGAGAAGAACAAAGAAGGCGUAAAGUCAGAAGAACAGGCAGCCACUAAAAUCCAGGCAGCGUUCCGUGGUCACAGGACAAGGAAAUCAAUGAGCAUGAAGGCGGCCAAGCAAGAACCUUGCAAACCCGAGCCCGUGCCAACCAAGGCUGAGUUGGAAGCAGAGUUCAAAUCUGAUGACAAAGAACUGUGCCACGCCGCAACCAAGAUCCAGGCUUCGUUCCGAGGCCACCAGGCGCGGAAGGAGACUCAAGCCCAAAAGGAAAAGGAAAAGCAAGAUAAGGAGGACAUCGAGAAAAUAGAUCUGACCGAUCCUGAUUUGAACAAAGCCGCGACGAAGAUCCAGGCCUCAUUCCGCGGUCACAAAGUGCGCAAGGACGUCCCGAACUAAGGCGACCACGCUUCGGUUCGUAACGGGACACCCCUUGCGUUUGUAUGCAUUCGAGAAUUUCGUUCAAUCUAAACUAUAGUUUUAUCAUUUGAGAACAUUUCAUUUUGUCCAUUAAUCCUAGUUUUUAAAUCACUAAUUAGUUUUAAAAUUGAUUGAUACCCGUUUUAAAUUUUAAUUGAUUACUUUGCUAACGAUAUUAGCAGGCAUACUGUCGGAUCUGUGUCAUGAAUUUUGUUCCGGAGAUUGGCGUUGAAAAUCUUUUUGCAGUUAAAGAAAUGGUUACACACGACGGUAUUAAGCGCGUCUCUCAAUCAAGAGGCUUCUGUGUUGAUACAGAUCAAGAUCCACUAGUAGGAUGUUGUUUCCUUUGCUAACUAUUGCAUUUUAGCCGAUAACUCGUACCUUACCUAACACCUUGGCUGUUGCAAGUAAAAUCAUAAACCUUCUGGUGAGGUGGCUGAUUGAAAUAUGCCCCCAAUGAUAUUUCCACCACUGCGUGGCAAGUCCUUCUCGAUCCACCAACACAAAGUUAGAUUACUAUAUACUAUAACUUACUAUAGUUAUAUACUAUAGUUACUAUAACUUUACGAAAACAGUAAUACAAUUUAGUUACAAUAAUCACUACAUAGUAUAAAACAAAGUCGCUUUCUGUGUCCCUAUAUCCCUAUGUAUGCUUAAAUCUUUAAAACUACGCAACGGAUUUUGAUGCGGUUUUUUUAAUAGUUAGAGUGAUUGAUGAGGAAGGUUUAUACGUAUAAUAACAUCCAUUAAAUAGUGGAGAAAUCAAUAAUAAAUUACAGUUUCCGAAGCGAAGCGAGGGCGGAUCGCUAAUUGUUGUAUAAAACUCUUAACACUUGAAAUAAUCGGUCCGCAUCAUCGAGAGGGUCAUGAUUACUUUCAUCCGCACCAGCUAAAAGAAGCGCGGCGGUUCGAUAAGGGCUUGUUUCGCAGUGAAGAUGUUGCUUAACUUAAAUUUAAGAAGAACGUUAUUUAAAUCUCAAUAUGCAUCUCAAAUGCAUACAAAACAGCGACCAUAUUUAUGUAUUAGUCACAGCUGUGUAAUCUUUUAAGGUAAUGUCAAUUUUAAACUGGAAUUAAAACGGUAUGAUUAGAAUGGUUGCGUCAAUUCACGUUCGAAGGCAAGGAUGCAAGCAGAAAUAACAUAGGAUUUUAUUUAGACACUGAUAAAUGUAUUUCUUAAAUAACGAUUAUUUUCUUUCAUCAUUAAAUUUGAUAUUGAAAUCGUGAUUAAACACAAAAUAAAAAAAAAAUUAAAUUUGGCAAUUGGACUUACAAAUAUCGCCAUCCGUGUUCAAUUGAAAUGGAUUGACGUAAGCCAUAAAUUAGGGAAUCGAUGUUACAAAAAAAAAAAGAAUGUUUAUCCCCUUUUUUUUCUUACGAAUAAUUGUCACCCUAUUUUAAGUAGCUCGGAACGAUCACUCAGUGGGACGCGGUCAGAUUCUUAAUCGAAAUAGUAUUGUAAUUAUCGAUUGUAAUUGUAUAGAUAAUAUGAUUGUAAUAGAUAAUAUGAUGAAUUUCUUUAAAUACAUUUUAAUAUUGUAACACUUGUUUUGUGCGUCUAUUUACACUGCAUCUAUCGCCCCACCUGUCCUGGUGAAGUUGGAAUGGCCUCCGGGCCAUAAUAAUCCUUCAAUCACAAAAAAAAAAAAAAAACUUCGUCUAUCGCCCAUAACAAGAGUUAUAACAAUUUCUGUUUUGGGUACCUGAUUAAGCUCGUAUUCACCUAAGUCAAUCGGCUUAGUGAAAACUAAUCUUCUAUAUUCUAUAUUCUAAUUAUUAUCUAUCUAUAUAUAUAUAAAAAUGAAUUGCUGUUCGUUAGUCUCGCUAAAACUCGAGAACGGCUGGACCGAUUUGGAUAAUUUUAGUCUUGAAUUAUUCGUGGAAGUCCAGAGAAGGUUUAAAAGGUGAAUAAAUAUGAAAAUGCUCGGAAUUAUAUAAAAACAAACAAUUUUGUUUUUCCUUUGAUGUGUCCCCUGUCGGACGGAUUCUUUUGUUUUUUUAAUUUUAUUUUAUACAAAAGUUUAGGUCUUUUAUUUAUCGAUUGAGGCACUACGAAGUCUGGCGGGUCAGCUAGUCUUUAAUAAAGCUUUGCGUCUAAGAAAUUAUCUAAGUUUGACUAUAAUUAAAGUAAUAAAAGGUUUGACUUUUUGUUAAUAUCAUAAAUAUUUCAAAUAUUAUACAUACGUCUCACUUAAGGUUUACCGUCACAUCUCAAUAACUGUCUCUAUAUACCUUAAAAAUAGUGGAGAGGUAAAAUUCCUUACCUUAAAUUUUAAUUUUCAUGUUAUUAGAGUCGUUAAAAAUAUAGUCUCCCAAAUACGUGGUAGGAAGCGCAUAAAAAUAAGUCAUUUAAUGUUAAUGUUCUACUCAAUAUCUUUUUCCCUCUGAGUGAUCGAAUAUUUUUCUAAAACCAAAACAUUCCAAGACUUGCUUGUUGAAUUAUGUAAGUAUUUGUUUUUAAAAUAGCAUUUAAGAUUCACGGGUAUCUAUGUUACUGUUACUACUGAAGGCCAAAACCUUAUUAGAUUGUUAUUUUAAACCUAUGUCUCUAUAUAACUAUCGGAUAUUGAAGUUCUUCAGAAUCGGUUGACAGUUUAUUAACAGUGCUAAUAGCCUGGCUGUUGUCUCAAUCAAGUAACUAAGGUUUCGUUUGAAUGUAAUUAAUGUAAGAUUGAUUUUAAUUUACUUCAAUAAAAAUAUUUUAACGUCAUAUCUUGAUACAAGGUCUACUCCCAGCAUAGAUACGGAUGUAGGUUGGAAAGAAUAUUCAUUAAAAAUGCCUACGGAUGCAAUAUAUUAAUCUCAUUAUAUUAUUAUUAUAUUCAAUCAUUAAUUAUAAUCAUUUGAACACAAAAAAAAUUUCGCUGUCAUUUCCCUGUGAAUUAUCAUCGUAUUUAUUGUUUAAGAAUUUUUAAUAUUAAAUAAAUAUUUAAUAUUCGCCUAUA